GCUGACUUACCUCUCAAUAAAUGCAGAGUUAGGGGCGAUGAAGAAGCCUCUUACACGGAAAUGGAGAAUUUAAUGGCUCAUAUGCAUUCGCCGUGAACUCUGAAACGCUUCCUUUAGUUCAUAACCAACGCCUUUGAUUUUCCACCUACCUUCAACAAAACUCCUCUACUAAUAUCUAUAUAUCCCUCCACUUUCUCUUCUCUUUCACCUCCUCUCCUCCUGGUUAUGGAAAACUUACAAGAUUCAACCCACCAACAAAAUCCCAUUACUCAUAAUCCUCCUCCUGUCUGGGAUUGUGGAAGCACUCUUUAUGAUUCCUUUGAGCUCAAAUCUUUCGAGCGUCAACUUUAUUCUGCUAUACAUUCCAGAACUUUAUCCAUGCCUCAUUUAACUGAUCGACGAGUGUCAGCGCCGGUUGAGUAUUCUCUUCCUCCUCCUGUAUCCAAGAAGCCUUCUAAAAUUUCUCGCUCACUUCCCAAGUUCUUGAAAUCCAUGUUCAAGUCUAAACAGAAUUCUAGCGGCAUUUUUGGUGUUAAAAAUCGACCCAGCCAUGAAUAUUACGUCGUUUAUGAUAAGUCCGGUGCUCUUUCCACUAUCCCUGAGGGGCCGGAGAUUAAUUUUGGUGGAUUCUCUCCGGAGAUUAACUCCUUGGUGAGGCGAAGUGGGUCGGAGAGGUUUACGGCCACUUCCAUGAUGGGUAUUUCAUGUGCUUAAUGAUUGUCUAUAAAUCAUAUGAAUAUAGUUUUUGUCUAAUUAUAGAUUUUCUUUUCUAAUUUUUAGCAGUCUAUAUUAUUAAUUUCUUUAUUUUCAAUUCCAUGCAUGUUGUUGUUGCUUAAGGGUUCAAACUUUGACCCGUUUUAAUGGUUUAUUAGAAUAAUGAUCGAUGACGAAAGUCAAUUAUAUGCUUA